GUAUUGAAAAUGAAACAUUGUUUGCGCAGCUCACGCCGGAUCGAUACUCUGCUUUGCGUUUUGCGUAUAUUUUAAUCCUAAAAAGAAACUAACCUAGUGUAAUUUUCAUAUUUGCAAUAAUAAUUGUAGUGCCAUGUGAGUUUUUAAUCUCUUUAAUUAUACAGUUAUUGGUUUGUAACUGUUUUUCCGGCGGAUCGUCAAAAUUUUUGAAGCCAUUGAUGCGAUUUAUCGAUAAAAAUGUAUAAUGGCAUUGGUCUGCAAACGCCCAGAGGUUCUGGAACAAAUGGACAUGUCCAGAGAAAUUGGGCAGUCAUUCGUAAAACUAAAGAAAAGGAUUCCUAUAAAGCACACGAAGAAAAAGUUGAUUCUGCGAGUAAACAACCGAAUAAAGAAAUUCUCGAUCACGACAGAAAACGUAAAAUAGAAAUAAAAUGCACCGAAUUAUCAGAUAUUUUAGAAGAAAAGGGAUACAGUGCAAAAGAAAUUGAAGAAAAGGUGGAAAAUUAUCGUUCAAUGCUGAGGGGAAAGGAUGAGAGGCCCUCGGUACCGACAGACGAAUUUGGACGAGUGACUGUUCGAGAAACGCAUCAAAUUGCGGAGGCGCAGCAGGAGAAAAAUGCAAUGCUGCGACAAGCUUUUGGAAUAUCGGAAUAUUUUAUGGAAGGCAGCAGUUUAGAUCCGGAGCGUCAUGCACGUGAGGCUGAAGCAAAAGCGGCUGCAUUAGCGGCUGCAGCGGCCGCCGCUGCUAAUAGUAAAGUUUACAAGAUUGUUCGCACGCCGAGUCCAGUUCCCGAAGAAAUAACAGUGCCGGAGAAAAAGGAAAAGCGAAAACGCUCGGGAAGCACGUCAAAGAAAAAGAAGAAGAAAAACAAAAAAGAACGGUCCGAGUCGCCGAAAGCCAGUAAAAAGAAAGAAAAAACGAAGAAAAAGAAAAAGGAAAAGAAACACAAAAAGGCUGAGACUAGUUCGUCUGAUAAUGAAUCGAGUGAUGAUAGCGAUGAUAGCAGUUCCUCAGAGGUUGAGUCAAAGAAGAAGAAACGCAAGAAGAAGAAAUCAAAGACAGAAUCGAAAGAAAAAUCGGAGAAAAAGAAGGCUGCUAGUAAAAGGAAACGACAGACUUCUGAAAGCUCCUCUGACAGUUCGAUAGAGAAGCCGAAGAAAUCGAAACACAAUAAAGAUCUCGAUAAAACGGAUGACAAUGAAAAAUCUGCCGCCCCUUCGAAUAAAUUGCCAAAGAAACAGGACAAGAGUCGCAAUGAGAAUCAAGAAGAAAAGAGAAAAAAGAAGGAUUCACCAGCAAAGAAAAUUGUCAAUGAACAGCGUAAGGAACGAUCGUCGCCAAUUGUCGAGAAAAUUACACACAAGAGUCCACGUCGCGAACGAUCUCAUUCGAGAAACAAAAGCGAUCGUGGCCGAUCACCGAGGCGACAUUCAAGAAGACGCGCCUCCGCCGCCGCCUCACCAUCCUCGAGAAGACGGCGAAUUUCCCGAUCGUCAAGACGCAAUAAUCGUUAUUCAUUGUCUCGCAGCAGGAGUCAUUCGAGAAUCGAUCGCAAUUAUCGAUCACGAAGGCGAGCCUCGCGAAGAUCCCGUUCAAUGUCACGUCGAAGAUCCAUUUCAUGGCGUAGGUCCGAGUCACGAAGAAGAUCUUAUUCCCGAAGACGAUCCGAUUCACGCAGAAGAUCCGAAUCACGCCGAAAAUCUAGAUCCGAAUCGAGAAAACGAUCAACCUCCCGACGAAGAUCAAUGUCGCGUCAAAGAUCAAGAUCAAGGCACAGAUCAAAUUCCCGAAGACGUUCAAGAUCGAGGCGACGUUCCUCUAAUUCCCGGAGGCGAUCAAAAUCGCCGAGAAAUAAAAGCAGAAGGGAAAGAUCGAGGGAACGUCGUCGUUCUCGAUCGACACUGAGUUAUUCGCCGGUGAGAAAAAAUCCCGAGCGAUACGUCGAUAUUCUCCAGGAGGAGAAGAAGAAGAAGUCGCCGAGAUCGCGAUCAAGAAGCAAGAAAACGCAGAUUGUCGCUCCGAGAGUGAGUCUACGUUCAUCGAGCGAGGACGAGGGGCAAAUUGUCGACGACGAGCCAAAGGAGGACGACGAGCAGCGACAGCGGGAAAUCAUCACCUUACGCCGCCUUCAAUCGGGCCUCGCCGCAAAGGCCCGCGAAUCUCUCGGCAAAAAAGUCAUCAGUCCAAUUAAAAUUAAAAUCGAGACCGAGAACAUUCUCGACAUCGCACUUCCAAAGGACGAUCCUCUAAAGUCACUGCAAAUUCCCGCUGGAAAAUUUCCCCCAGAAAAUGAAACUAAUAAAUCGAACGAAAUGCAGAAAAUGAAUCAAUUGAAUCAAAUGAAUCAAUUAAAUCAAUUGAAUCAAUUAAAUCAACCGAAUCAAUUAAAUCAAUUGAAUCAAUUAAAUCAACUGAAUAAAGUGAAUCAAUUGAAUCAACUGAAUAAAGUGAACGAAAUACAUAAAAUGAAUCAACUGAACGAAAUAAAUAAAAUGAGCGAAAUUAAUAAACUGAAUCAACUGAAUCAAUUGAAUCAACUGAACGAAAUGAAUAAAAUUAGUAAAAUCAACAAAAUGAAUAUAAUUCUCCCCCUGACGCUCCCGGCGAUUCAAUCACCAGUCUCGAGUCGCUCCCCGUCACCAGCUCUGCCCUUGACCCGGGAGGAAGCAAUAAUUAAAAUCCGCUCACCAUGCGAAUCACCACCGAAUUCUUCAUCAACAAAAUCCAUCCACGAAAUGGAAUUAAAGACGAACAGUGGGAUUUUUAAUUCCUCGCCAUCGCAAUCGUCGAGGAAGCAAACAGCGUCUUCGCUGACACCCGCAGUGAUGGGGAAUAAAAUAAUUAUCAUCCCAUCGUCGCCUUGUAAUUCAAAGAAGAGUACACCUGACUCUAGGAAGAAUUGCUCGCCGAGGGGAAAAUCUUAUUCGAGAUCACGUUCAAGAUCCUACACGAGAUCAUUGUCGCCUGGGAAGAGAUCAAAUCGUUCGCACUCUGGCUCGAGGGACGGUAGAUUACGAUCAUUGUCAAAGGAGAGGAAAUCAAGAUCGCCGAGGAAUCGUUCGCGAUCACAGGAAUCGGAGAAAUUUGUCAAGAGAUCAUCGAGAUCGAGGUCAUCGUCGCGAUCAAAGUCGAGAUCUUUAUCACGAUCGAAGAAAUCAAAUUCACGAUCGCCGGUGAAAUUGAGAUCGAGAAGUCGAUCGCCGUCGAAGAAGUCGAGGAGUCGCUCACGAUCUGGGUCGAGAAGUUCGCGAUCUUCCAUCAGCACCAGAAGAAGUCGCAGGAGUUUCUCAAGUUCAUCCCGAUCAUCAAGCAGUCUUUCGUCGCGAUCAUCACGAUCGUCCUCAAGCAGUUCCCAAUCGAGAGCUUCGCGAUCACCAUCGAUACCCCGUCGACAUGGCUCUCCCAGUUUUCUCGAUAGACGUCGUAUCACCAGUGCUAGAAAAAGACCGAUUCCUUAUCAUCGGCCAACGCCAUCACCUCCAUCAUCGCCAAGCAGUUCCGAGAGUAGCAGACAUUCCGAUUGGUCUAGUCCAAGUCAUAAAUCAAGUCGAUCACCAACUCGUAGUCCAUCUUAUAUUCGUUAAUUAUUUAUUUUUUUUUUUUAAAGAAAAAAAAGCAAAGAUGGAAAACAGUUUUUGAUCAGCAAUAUUAA